AUGCUGUCACUAGACUGCUCCAGCAAACGCCAUUCCCGAGCAGUUGUGGCUCUGGUCGUGUAUAUUUCGCUAUUCCUCGAUAACAUGCUGCUAACAGUGAUCGUUCCCAUCCUGCCGGAUUAUCUGGUGCAGUUCCACACCACCGUCCCAGCAAGUGUGAUCUACAAAAACUUCAGUCUCCACUACGUCCCGAAGCUUAUUGGAGCUGCCAGCGAUUCCACCGUCGUUGUACAGCCAACAAGUGGCCCACCAACGGGUCCAACGAUCGAGGACGAGAACGGUUCCAUCGGGUUCCUGCUCGGUGUAAAGGCACUGGUACAGCUGGUGGCGAAUCCUCUCGUGGGCAGUGGAACAGCGCGUUUCGGAUACUGCCUUCCGAUCACGUUCGGCACCGGCUGCCUACUGGUGGCGUCGCUUAUCUUUGGCUUUGGAACGUCGUACGGAUCGUUGUUUGUGGCUCGAGCCAUCCACGGGCUUGGUUCCGCGUGUAUUGGCGUGUGUGGCAUGAGUCUGGUAGCUCAGCUGUACGUGGAACCGGAUCGUCGUUCAAAGGUCAUGGGCACGGUGUUGGGUGCCAUGGCUGUUGGGGUGCUUGUAGGCUACCCAUUUGGUGGUAUUGCCUACGAAGUGGCCGGCAAGGCGGCUCCAUUCCACGUGUUAGCAGUGCUGUGUGUGGCCACACUGGUGCUGCAGUACUUUCAGUUGGAUUGGCGUGGAUUUCAAUGUGGUGCGUUGCCUCGUGACUCAUCCACCACGACGGAAGGACAUCGGGCGACUUGGUGGCCGUUGUUAAGUAACCCGCUCGUGCUUGUGGUAGUGGGUGGGAUUUGGAUUUCGACGUCCGCCAUGGCCAUUUUGGAGCCGUGCUUGCCGAUCUGGAUGAUAAGCCAACUGCACCCGCAGAAAUGGCAACUUGGGACCGUCUUUAUACCGGACUCGAUUGGGUACUGGCUCGGGACGAACUUCUUUGGAGCUGUGGCGUAUCGAUUCGGUCAGAUCCGGGUCUCCGUUGUGGCUCUUCUACUCGUUGGGGUCUCGUGCAUUCUCAUUCCUUCGGCCAGUUCCGUUGCAGGCCUGUUGUUACCCCAUCUUGGGCUUGGUUUGGGCAUUGGCGUUGUGGAUGCCGCGUUGGUUCCUUUGCUGGCAAGUCUGGUUGAUGCUCAGCUCGGAGAACAGGACCUCGAGCUGGGCCCAGAUGAACCAGGUGGAGAACAUGGGUAUGGGGCGGUGUACGCCAUCCAGCAGGUGGCAGUUAGUGUGGCCUACUCGCUUGCACCCAUUAUCGGUGGAGAAUUGGUCCCCGUCAUCGGUUUUCCUACGGUGCUACGUGCUCUUGGUGUCCUAAACCUGCUGUACGUCGGAUUGUUCGUGUAUUGCACCAGCCAGAGAAGCUCCACCGGGGUUGCUUUGGGAGCUCCGAUUAAGCAGACUGAUCUACCGCUUGCCAGCAGCGAACCUACGGCGUAUAGGCGUUUCUAUAACACCGUGGAAUGA